UGACACAACACCGGACACAUAAUCAGUUAGAAAGUUACUUACAUGAAACCACCGUAUUGAAGGAUGAGACUGCAGCUGCUUGUUUGGUACAACAGUAACUACAUGACCGCAGCGAUCACAUGGUACAAACAGCUACAGGAACCCAGUGCAUUAUAAUAUACUUUGCUUCCCAGCUACUUCCUUUACUGUAACUUACGGUGUAGUCACAGCAGCCAUGUGACUUGUGACGUCGCAUGUCCUUCUGCUGGGAGGGAACUAGCUUCUUCACUAUCUGCAAACUUGGCAAAUUUGCAAAGGCUCCUGUUACUGUGAAGAUCAUGUGCAAUAAACGUCACUGUGUUUGUCAGUAAAGAAGAAACGUAAGAAUAUCUGACAAAUUCAGUUGCUGAACAAAACAAUGUCUGACAAGAACCAAACCUUAGAGCUUCCUGAUGCACACAGCGGGCGUCUAGAGGAAAACCUGGGCACUGGGCUAUUAAAUGUGAAGGAAGAGGAUGAGACAGAUGACAUGAAUAGUCAUCAGACUGAAAUACAUUGCUCCCUCCCUGUCGGUCAUAAGGCUGUGACGCUUUCAGAUGGCUCAGCGGUUGAGCACAGAGUAGAACCGUAUACGUGUGAUCAGGUGAAGACUGAGGAGCAUGAAGUUCCUAUAAAUACAACUACAGGUAAUGUUAAGACUGAAGUCACAGUUAAUGCUGAACGACCACAUGAUCUGCAUGUAAAGAGUCAGCAGGAAGAUGUGAAGCAGGAAAUCAGUGACAAUAUCAGUACAGAUGGAUUCUCAAAGUGUGGUUCUUCUAGUCAUGGUCAGAGUGCUGAUGCUUCUUUUAAUAUUUUUCAAAACCAAAAAAGUCACAUCCAAAAUGUAUGCUCUGAAUGUGGGAAAUGUUUUACCAGGAAAUCAAAUCUUAUUAAACAUCAGAAAAUUCAUACAGGAGAAAAGGCAUUUUCAUGUUCUGACUGUGGGAAAUAUUUUACUCAGAAAUCUCAUCUUAUUAGACAUCAGAAGAUUCAUACAGGAGAUAAAGAGUUUUCAUGUUUUGAAUGUGGGAAAUGUUUUGCUGUGAAAGGAAAUCUUGUUACUCAUCUGACAAGUCAUACAGGAGAGAAAGGAUUUUCAUGUUCUCAGUGUGGGAAAUGUUUUACAAGAAAGUCAACUCUUAUUAAACAUCAGAAAAAUCAUACAAAAGAGAGAGAAACAUUUUCAUGUUCUGUCUGUGGAAAAUGUUUUACCCAGGAAUCACACCUUGUUACUCAUCAGAAAACCCAUACAGGCGCAGAUAACACUGAUAUAGUGAAAGUUGAGAUAACAGAAGAUAUGUGUGUGAGGCGUCAGCUGGGAGCCGCAGAUAUGGAAACCAGUGACAGUUUUAGUCCAGAUGAAGAUAACACUGAUAUAGUGAAACUUGAGAUAACAGAAGAUCUGUAUACGUGUGAUCAGGUGAAGACUGAGGAGGAUGAAGUUCCUAUAAAUACGGCUACAGUUCAAAGACAUCUCGUGGGAAAUGUAUGUUCUGAAUGUGGGAAAUGUUUUACCAAGAAAUCAUAUCUUAUUUGCCAUCUGAAAACUCAUUCAGGAGUGAAAGCUUUUUCAUGUUCUGAUUGUGGAAAAUGUUUUACUCAGAAAUCAACUCUUAUUAAUCAUCAGAAAAUUCAUACAGGAGAGAAAGCAUUUUCAUGUUCCGACUGUGAGAAACGUUUUAUUCUAAAAUCAGAUCUUGUUAGGCAUCAGAAAACUCAUACAGGGGAGAAAGCAUUUUCAUGUUCUUACUGUGGAAAAAUGUUUACUCUAAAAUCAAAUCUCAUUAAGCAUCAGAAAAUUCAUACAGGAGAGAAAGCAUUUUCAUGUUCUGAGUGUGGCAAAUCUUUUACUCUAAAAUCAAAUCUCAUUAAGCAUCAGAUAAUUCAUACAGGGGAGAAAGCAUUUUCAUGUCCUUACUGUGGAAAAUGUUUUACACUAAAAUCAAAUCUUAUUAAGCAUCAGAAAAUUCAUACUGGAGAGAAAGCAUUUUCAUGUUCUGAAUGUGGUAAAUGUUUUAUUCAGAAGGCACACCUUAUUAGUCACCAGAAUAUUCAUAGUAAAGGAAAUAAGAGCUUAAACUCUUAAGUUCAGGUGGUGUCAGUCAUCAUCCUCAUUAUACCUAGAGUGUAGAUGAUGACUACAUGUAGUCCCUCCCUGGAGGGUGCACAUUUGGAGCUGUUUAAGUCCCCUCUGCACCUUAAGCUGUUAUGAGGUGUUGCAGGGUGUUUGUCAUCCCUCUGGGAUCCAGGGUCCCUGUAUAGCAGUGUUUCCCAACUCCAGUCCUCAGGACCCUUCAUAGACCACGAUAUUCAUUAUAUCUUAACUAGAGCAGAGAUGAACUAAUCGGCUGUUGAGGAUUGGGUUUGGGAAACACUUCUAUAUAGGUUGAAUAUUCAGGCGAUCACCUGCCAUAAAUAAAAUGUGCAUUUAUUUGAGUCCUUAUUUGUAUGUCGAUAAACCCUUCAUUAAAAUAUAGGUACUAAUGAGGGUAUUAUAGUCAGGUGACCACUGGGGGGAUAGCAUUUCUCUAUCUGGAAUUUAAAUUGAAGAGGUGUAUAGGUUACAGGGUGAGCACCUUUGUUAACCUAAAAAGUGUAAAAGGCCUUCAAAAGCCCUUGUCUGGAUUAGGAAAGCCUCACUGGCUGCAUAAAAUGCAUUGUGCAGAAAUAUGGGGGGGGGCAUUUUUUUUGUUUAACAUUUAAUUUUUAAGUGCUUAUUUUAAAUAAAAACAUCAACGUUUUAAUUUAAUUUUUUAUCUUGUAUGAAGUUGUGAACAAUUGAGACAAUGCAAUAGAAAUUCCAUGUUAUGAUAUAAUGUAACUUUUGUUUUUAUAAAAUUGGUGAGUAAAAACAAUAAUAAAAAAAGAAAAACACUGAA